CUCGCUUAUUCUGACUCACCAGACCACAACAACAGCCCCAUGCUCCUUCUUCCCUCCACUUCCUCUUCCACUUGCUACCUAAAGCACCAUAAUGCGUUCUGGUUUGGCGGUCCCAUUGAUGGAGUCCCUUAUUCUGGUAACCAAACGCGGCGUAUCUGGUGUGCCAAGAGAACCGGGAAACAGAGGUACCCGUCGGAGAAGAAGAAGCUAAAGUCAAAGCACAAAGAGGUUUUAUCCGAUUCUAAAGUGAAGAGCAAGUUUGAGGGUACAUGGAGGCUCUUCAAGCUCGCAGUACCACUGGAUCAGGACCCUGGGAAGGACUUUCUACAAGUUUCCGAUGGCCUUCUCCAAGAAAUCGCCAAAGUUCUCAAGUUCCCGGUUGCCUCGCUUUUGCCACGAGAAGCUUUCACGGUCGUUAGGAAGUCCUUUGAUGCUAGGAAGAAAUUAAAAGAGCCCAAAUUUGUGCAUACUGUGGAUAUGGAUGUUCAAAAACUAAUCAGUCUGGAGCCUCGUUGUUGGGACUUUAUUGCUCGGCUGGAGCCUAAAGUUGGCCUUGUGGAACGUGGGCACGAUGGAAGAGAUUUUGGUGAUCUGACGAGUAUCAUUCAUGACUGUAAAGAAAAUAAAGAAGCUGCGUUGAAAGGGGAAAAUGGACAUAGCUUUUUUUCAACAGAGCCAAAAGGGAACCGGGAUACUGGAAAGCCAAAAAUUGCAGUAGUAGGUAGUGGCCCUUCCGGCCUAUUUGCUGCUCUAGUUCUUGCAGAGCUUGGUGCAGAUGUUACACUGAUAGAAAGAGGUCAACCAGUCGAAAAAAGGGGGCGUGACAUUGGUGCUCUUGUUGUUCGUCGAAUUUUAGAGUUGGAAAGUAACUUCUGCUUUGGGGAGGGUGGUGCAGGUACCUGGAGUGAUGGAAAGUUAGUAACCAGAAUUGGACGCAACAGUGGCAGUGUUCUUGCGGUUAUGAAAACUCUAGUGCAGUUUGGAGCUCCAAAACAGAUAUUGAUUGAUGGAAAGCCUCAUUUAGGAACAGAUAGGUUGGUUCCAUUGCUUCGCAACUUCAGGCAACAUCUGCAGGAUUUGGGUGUCACCAUAAAGUUUGGAACAAGAGUAGAUGAUUUAGUUAUGAAAGAUGGACAUAUUCUGGGGGUUAUGGCAUCUGAAUCUGCAGAUAAAUUGAUUUUAAGGAGUCAGAAGAUGGAAUAUGAUGCAGUUAUUCUGGCUGUUGGUCAUUCUGCUCGUGAUAUUUAUGAAAUGCUUGUUGCUCACAACGUGGAAUUAGUACCAAAAGAUUUUGCUGUAGGGCUACGAAUUGAGCAUCCUCAAGAACUAAUAAACAGCAUACAGUAUGCUGAAUUGGCUUCUGAGGUUUGUAAUGGACGUGGUAGAAUUCCAGUGGCAGAUUAUAAAGUUGCCAAUUAUAUUGACAUGGAGAAUUUCUAUGAAACAUCUGAUUCAGGAGUGGCAAAUCGAAGUUGCUACUCAUUCUGCAUGUGUCCAGGUGGGCAGGUUGUUCUCACUAGUACCAAUCCAUCAGAAAUAUGCAUCAAUGGCAUGUCAUUUUCUCGGAGAGCAUCGAAGUGGGCAAAUGCUGCACUUGUGGUAACAGUCACAAUGAAGGAUUUUGGAGCUUUGAAUUAUUAUGGUCCUCUGGCAGGGGUGGAAUUUCAGAGAGAGUUUGAACGAAGAGCUGCUAUGAUGGGAGGAGGAAACUUUAUAGUGCCUGUCCAGACAGUUACAGACUUUCUCGAAAACAAGUUGUCAGUUUGUGCCAGUAACAUCUGUGCCUCCAUCAAGUUAUCGUUUGGGUGUGAAGGCAGCAAGCCUCGAUCAACUAUUUCCUGUUCAUAUAACUGAAUCUUUGAAGCAUUCACUCUUAACAUUUGACAAGGAGGUUUGCAGUUUCCCAUGUCCUUCAAAGUAGUAUUGCAUAGUCUUUAAUAAAAUUUCCUACAAAAUUACUGAGAACAUUUUUUUAAUUUGAACUUCCAAACAUUCCAGUUACCAGGAUUUAUCUGCAAUAAGGCUCUCCUUCAUGGUGUAGAGGUAAUAAAAAAUGUCAAUAUGACAGCCUUUGCAGUUUGGUCUAACAUUAAUAUGUCAUAUGGUAAAUUCCUCAAAUUAUUCCCUGUCUCCUACCUUCUGGUUCAGUCUGCAGAUAUUGAUCAGAAUUUUGCAUAAAGCAUGUGAUUAUCAUGACUUUACUUCAUAAUUGCUAUUUGUUUAUGCUAAACAAUGUUUUGGUUCCAGACAAGGACUAGUUCCCCAAUCCAAAUUCCCCGUAAUAUUGACACUUAUGAAAGCACUUCAGUAAAAGGACUAUAUCCAGUUGGUGAAGGAGCAGGCUAUGCUGGUGGGAUCAUUAGUGCAGCAGUAGAUGGAAUGCAUGCUGGUUUUGCUGUGGCAAAAAAAUUCAGCUUAUUCCAGGGAGAAGUUGAGUCUGUUCUUGGCAAGGCUCCAAAUCCCGCAUUUGUCAAGUACUAGGGAGAAGCUUCACUGUUCUUGGUGUGAGGAGACGCCAACUUAAACAAGUGAUCUGCUACAUUUUUUUUAUAUAGAUCAGCUGUAGGAAGAGGUUCAAUUUCCUGGUUAUCCUACUGAAAAUUUGAGGGAGUGCUAUAAUUUUGCUUUUCUUCUUGUCUACUAGCAGAGUCGUAAGCUUCAGCUUGUCAUGGAAAAAUCAUUGAUUAUAAUUGUUAUGAUGAUACUUCUGUUGUAUUUGUGCAGCUGACAAGGUUGUCUUCCAGACUGAUGGGCUGAGAUAGGAACAUGAUCACUUUCAACAUUCAUUUCCUUGAGAGAUUGAAUAGCAUACCAGAUGCUUGCAUGGUGCUUGGAAGUUGAAACUUAAAGCAAGGACCUGUGAACAUUUGACUUGAUAGCUGCAGUUUUGGGAGAUCACAAAUUUGACAAAAUCAUUUAUGUAGCUACCCAUCAUGUCUAGAAACAUAGAAUGUGAUAUUUACUAGUGCCUGUUUGUAUGAUAUUCACACAAAGUGUAAGCUGAAAUAAAAAAUAAAUAAAUAAAAAUGUCAGAGAAAACGCACUUUGCAGUAUGGGAAACCAUGCAACUGCGUUCACAUGAAUAAUAGGCCAUUAAGCAUUUAUGGUCAAGUUAUCCGUAAUGCUAUUUACC